AUGCCUCCAGAGUCACAAUCACAAUCACAAUCUCGCACUCAGGAAUCCACCCAACAACCCUCUAUCGAGGUCCGUCCUUCUUCACCAGUCACCCCUGGUCCAGUAUCCUCGAGACCUUCCUCGCCGAUUCCUCUAGAAGGGUCCCCACUUGUGCCCGGAAGCAGCUCUCUUGGACGACAAGGUCAAAGUAGCUUGGUUGAGGAAAGCGCAGACAGCAGCUUAGGGUGGACUCAAUCGCAAAUUCAGCAGAACAAGAAGGAGACUGAUCAGCACAAUAUCAGAGCGGAGAGAUUGCAGAAUAUCAGAGAAAGGUCAGAAGAAGGAGUGAUAACUUCACCUGAGAUACCUAGUCCUGGACCAAAAUGGAAUACCAAAUCCCCUUCACCUGCGCGGGCCUUUCAACGAAGCUCCCCCGAGCCAGAGGUCGAUGUGGAUCAAUUAGAAGAGUCAGCUCCUAACAGAUCUAUAGAUGGACUAGAAGAGACAGAAGUGGAUACCUAUACUCCUCAUGUACAGACACCAGAACAAUCUCAACCUCCUUCUACACCUCCUUCUCGUUCACAUAAUCUUCCUCAACCUCCUAUCAUACCAAAUGUGACGAAUCCAACUCGUCAGCUUAGAGCUGUCACUUCAUACUCGCCGAAAAAGCUUACCCCAAGCUCGAAAAAGCGAAAUGGUGAUCUGACCAAGAUCACCCAUGCUCACACAGCACCACUAACUUUCGACAAGCCGAUAAGAUCUCCAUCAUCAAGGGAUCAACAACGUAAAGCAGAGUCACUCGAGAGCGAGGAGUCUGACUUCGCUAAGGAAUACACAACGACGAAACCACGAACCCCUUACGAGCAAUUCAGCGGGAUCAUGGAGAGGACCUCACAUCGUAAUCUUGACACUAUUCCUGAUCGAUCCAAUCUGCAAGGGCCUUCCGCCAUAUCGACUGAAGAAGAGGAAGAGAUCGAGGACCGUCCACCAAGAAGCCCUAAGGUACCCGAAAAGAACGAUGGAGAUACAGAUGAGGCUGAUGAAGAAGAAGAAGGUGACGCUCCCAUCAAUUGGGCAGUGUCUUUACCACCUGUAAACGGCUCAUCAACAAAUCUCAACGACCAUGAUGGCUCAACCCCUCCGCCGUUAUCGGACCAGGCAGAUGUCCAUGGCGACCCCUCUCCUCCUUCAUCGCAGUCACAGACUAAUGAACAUCAAACCCGGUUCAACCGAAUCCCCGGAUCUGAAUCACAACCCUCACAGCAGAUAAACAAUGAUAAUGCUCAUCUUUUCUCGGAUGCAGAGGAAGAAUAUAUUGGUUAUUCCGAGUCUCAGCCAUCAUUUCCUCCUCUCGCUGCUACCCAGGUCCGACAACCCAGCUCUUCGGCCCUCGAUUUGCUACAUAAAGAGCCGAUACCAGAAGCAGUGUAUGAACCGACUCAGCCUAAUGAGACGCAGCAAAAUGUACUGCAAGUGCCGAUGGAUGAGCAUCAGACUGAUCAUGACGAACGUCCAAAGUCACCAUCUCCCCCUCGUCCCAUUCUAUCUCGAACCGCUUCAGAUAUCUCUAGUACGUCGAAGAUCGGCGUGCCUUCCCGCCGACAACUCAAACGUAGAUCCAAUGCCGAUGACAACUCGUUCGUCAGUCGAGUCAAAUUCGACCCGCCGCCUUAUCUGCCUCCAACAGUAUUGCCACCAAGGGCCAGUGUCCUUCCACCGAAACCGAUCCAAUCGGAAGCUGCCCUCGCCCCCCCAAGCUCUUCGCCUUUCAAGCAGGCAUCUCUUCAUUGGAACAGCUCAGAGCCACCUGCGUUGCACGAGACUCUUAAGAACAGCUUGGACAAGGACUCGAGCUCGAUCGAGAGUAAAGCUACAAAUGACGUGUCUUCGAACAAUCGAGUAGCUAGGAGUCCCAACGACCGACUGAUUCGAGCCUUCACUCCACCUUCUGGAAAUGCUUCAUCGCCUUUCAGACCCCCUCCCACACCAUCUUCUCCAUCACUGGAAGCUGCUGGGCAGCCGGAUGCCCCUGCAUUACCAACUGUCCUGGAGGAAACUCAGAAGAACAGUCCAUCUUUACCACCAGCUAGACCCAUGAAGGUUUCGCCGAAACAAUAUACGAGUCGCAAAAAGAGGAAGAGAAUCUCAUCCACUCCUCCGGUAGGCUAUAACAGUGAUUCUAGCACGAACAGCAGCAGUGCCCCGGAAGACCAGGAGGAUCAUACUUAUCGUCCUGAGCCGGCAAAUAAGAAAAGAAAGAAGACCUACGCAGCGUCAAACACAACCUCAAAACCCGCUGCUUCACCAGACACGACAGCAAUUCUCUCUUCAAAACGAAAGCGAAAGCCAGUCGUUCGUUCGAGCUCUCUUUCAUCCGACGGAGAAAGCAGUUCUUCAGCACCUGAAGAUUUGGAAGAUAAUACAUAUCAGCCGAGUCUCUUACCGAAGAUCAAUAUCAAGCCGGAGAAAGGUAAAGGUAAGGCGAAUGCUUCGGCUCCUAGUAGUACAGCAUCGAGUAGACCGCCAAUCACCAAGAAGGCAAAAAACAACGCCCUUGUCGCUCGACUCUCUCCAACAGUCUCAACCACCUCUGAGGCUAUAGUCACACCCCAGCCCAUUCCAGUGUUGGCAGCUUUCUUCCAACGAUACUAUCCUGGUAAAGCCACCUGGACUGGAAAAGCGUACAAAGUGAAUUUUGAAGAUGGGGAGAAGAGGGAUCAUAUAAAGCCCGACCAGAUGCGCAAGUUGAUGCUGAAAAAGGGAGAUCGUCUAGAAGCUUGUACGGAGAGUGAAUUCCCACCGAAAUUCGAGGUUGCUGAAGAUUGGGAUGGAGAUCUAAAAGGUGUCAAGUGCUGUACAAUGGAAGGAGUGAAAUUAGGUCGGGUAAAAUUAAACCUAUUUGGAAUCACCAACAAGGUCAUUCACGCUUCUUUUAGCAAUCGGUUAUUCGAAGAUCCUCAUCAGCAAGGGAAAAAGCCAAAUGAAAUAUUUGGACCUGCUGGAGAUAGGAUGACACGACGAAUCUCAGUCCCCCGAUCACCUGUCAAGCGAGUCAAUGGUUAUGGGAAUGGAUCACCAGCUGCAGCUCGACGAUCGGUCUCGCCUACUCGGUCAACUUCUGAAGCUCUAAAAGGGAUGCUGUUCCUUCUUACAAGAGGAUUUCCGCAUGAUCAAGCUGAAUUAACGAGUGCGAUCCGAUCGCACGGCGGUAAGAUUGCGAGUUCAUGGGAAGAACUGUUUGAUCGAUCUUCACCUGGUGAAUGUGGAUUCUUGAAAAACUUAUCUGGAACACCGUUUGUCAUUUUGAUGGGAGAAGGGAAAGAGGGAACGAUCAUCACGCCGAAAGUUAUGGUUGCUCUUGCUAAGGGUAUACCAGUUUUGAGUUCGAGGUUUAUUGAUGAUGUGGUGGAUCAAAAUGAGGUCGAAUGGAGAUCGUACCUUAUUUCACCUGGUUUCUCAAAUUACGUAGAACAUUACAUGUCACAAGUGGUUGAUACCCGUUGGGGGGAGGAUGGAUGGGAGGCACAUAUUGCUGGGGCGAUUCGUAGACCUUUGAAAGGGAAAAAGGUUAUGUUCGUACUUCCUUCAGCCAAGUACGAUAGUCUAAAACGAUUGAUACCCGUGUGCGCCUAUUCAAUGGGAGUAGAGGAGAUCCUACUUACCCCGAACCUCAAAUCCAGCGAAACGACUAUUCAAGAUGAUAAGUGGGAUUAUAUCUUGUUUGAAGAUAGGGAAUAUAAAGAUAAGGUUAUACCUACAUGGCUUAGCUCUGAGGAAGAUAGAUUGUGUAAUAUUCAUUGGCUCAAGCAGUGUCUCAUCAUGGGAAAGGCUUUACCUCCCUCGCUUGAUUUUGAGCCAAUACAGGAGAAGGAUAAGAAGAAGGAGAAGUGA